CAGAGUAAAGAGUCAGCAAUAUAGAGAGUCCCACUUUUCUUUUUCUCUCUCUCUCUCCUACUAAUUUUAAUUGAUCAACUGCAUCUUCACUUUUCACCCUUCACACAUUCACUGCCCUCUUUCUUUUCGAAGGCAGCCCCUCUCUCCUCUCUCUCUUGAAGUUUCAUAGCUCAAACCACAGUCAUGGCAACUGAGAAGGUAACUCUAAUGGUGCUACAGGCUGAUCUCCAAUGUCCAUGCUGCUACAAGAAGAUCAGAAAAACUCUUUGUAAAUUCCCCCAAAUUAGGGACCAAGUGUAUGAUGAAAAGAAGAACGAAGUGAAAAUCACGGUGGUUUGCUGUAGCCCUGAAAGGAUCCGUGACAAAUUAUGUUGCAAGGGUGGAAAAUCCAUCAAAAGCAUCAAGAUUAUAGACCUCAAGCCCAAAGAAACACCCAAGGAGCCCGAGAAGCCUAAGGAAAAGCCCAAGGAGGCCGAAAAGCCUAAGGAAAAGCCCAAGGAGGCCGAAAAACCUAAAGCCGAGAAGCCCAAGGGCAAUCCGGAAAAGCCUAAGGACAUUCCCAAAGGGCCCGAAAAGCCGAAAGCCGACGGCGGAGCCCCGCCUCCCGGAAAGCCCGAACUGGUUAAAUUGCCGCCGGCAGCUAUGCAGAUGAUGGGGCCCGGCCCGGCCGUAGUCCACGGUGUUCCGUCGAUUUUUCCCUAUGUCAGGCCAAGCCAGGACGCUUUUCCGGCCGGCCCGUAUUACCACGGGUAUGGGUUCCCACCACCGCCGCAGCUCAUUUACGAUGGAUACGGGUACGGGUAUGGGUAUGGGUAUAAUGGUGGAGUAGUAGCUCAGCAUCAACAUGGGCAUCAUGUGAAAAGAGAUAACUACUUUAGUGAUGAAAACCCUCAAACUUGCACUAUCAUGUAAUGGUGUAAUUAAUGCCAUUCUAGUCUUGUUUUUAAUCAUAUUGAUAAAAGUAUAGUGAAAUUAAAUAAAGUUUAUAGAAAGAAAAAUAAGAUUACUGUAGUUGUCGGUGGGCAAUCUCUGGUUGUAAAAGUUGAUGCUAUAAUGUCUUUUUCUCUGCUUUUCCUUUUUUGUAUUAAUAAAAAGUUGUCAUUAGUCAUUGAUGACCUUUAGUCA